CUCUCUCUCUCUCUCACCGAGUCACUGACUCGUCAAGUACGGAAGCUCCGAUUCCGCCUCGAGUCCAACUCAAUUAGCUCGAUCGAAGAAGAUGUGUAGCACCUUCGCCGCCGCCGCAGACUCCUCCAUCUCCGGCGACGGUGACUCCCCCGCCGCCGGCGAGAUUAUGCUGUUCGGCGUUAGGGUGGUGGUGGACUCCAUGAGGAAAAGCGUCAGUAUGAACAAUCUGUCGCAGUACGUGCAUCCUCAAGAUGACUCCAACAACAACAAAGACGCUGCCUUCUCCGCCACCGGUUACGCGUCCGCCGACGACGCCGCUCCUCACAACUCCGGCAAGAACCGCGAGCGCGAGCGCAAGCGAGGUGUUCCCUGGACGGAGGAAGAGCACAAGCUAUUCCUGGUGGGAUUGCAGAAGGUAGGGAAAGGUGAUUGGAGAGGGAUCUCUAGGAACUACGUCAAGACUCGGACGCCCACGCAGGUCGCCAGCCAUGCUCAGAAGUACUUCCUCCGCCGGAGCAAUCUCAACCGCCGUCGGCGCAGAUCCAGCCUCUUUGACAUCACCACCGAUUCGGUCUCUUCGAUCCCAAUGGAGGAAGAACAGAUCCAGAACGGAGACAUUGUGCCUCAUUCACAGCCUCUGUGCCCUGCAGCCCCUGAGAAUAGCAACACCAAUGGAUUUCCAAUGGUGCCCGUGUAUCCGUUGGGGGUUGGUCCAGGUGUGAUUUCAUCAGUCGAAGCUGGGAAUCCAAUGGAUGAACUAACUCUAGGACAGGCAAACAUGGAGCUUAAUGCGCAAACCAAGCUACUCCAUCCGAUUCCUGUUGCUUCAAAUCCUAAAACCUGCACCGUGUCUGAUGUUGCCUCCGGCUCUAAUUCGCCCCUCGACUUGCCAACACUGUCCCUGGGACUAUCCUUCACAUCUGAUCAAAGACAGACUCCAUCAAGACAUUCGGCUUUCCAUUCGAUUCCGAGUUUAAAUAACGGAGAUAGCGUCAUAAGUGUUGCUUGAUAGACAUGAUGUCUCUCAUGGUUAUUAUAAAGUCCAUGUCUAGAGCAUCUUGGAUUCACAGAUAGAAGAUGUUUUAUUAUUGGGAUAAGUUAAGAGAAAGAUGUUGAAGGAAAAGGGCGAUGGAUUAGAGAAGGCAAAAUGCAAAAGCUUAGGUUAAUGAACUAAAUUUAAUCCUUCUGUUCCUUGUACAGAGUACAGACCCCGGGUCCAGUUCCUUCUUUGUUUGCUUAUGUUAAUGUUUAUGACCUUAUUAGAUUCCUGUUUGUCUAGCCGUUUGUGCUUUGUAGUUUGAUGUAACUGAAAAUAACGAAGUACUCUACUCUACUA